AAAUAUUAUGAGAAAAAGAUGUUUCUGAAGCAUUUCCAGACCAAAACCCCAUAAUAUCUAUUCUGUCAUUACCUGAGGGAUACAAGAGGAAAAAAAGCUGAGGGGGAAAAAGGAGAAAAUGUAGAUCUACUAAUUGCAUGCUAUUCACCUGGGCUAUAGAAGUGGACUAAGAAAUUUAAUAAUGUUAAGCAUCAUCUCCAUUGAUUUUUUGCAAGUACUGCAUUCAGAGAAGAUCUCUUCCAAUUUAGAUUUCCAGAUACUUUGACUUUGAGCUCUAACAACUUUAUAACCUCCUCAAAGCCCCUCAUAAAUGCAUUGCAAUGGUCACAUGAACAUUUGGGGCAUGGUACCAGCACCAUUUUUUGUCCUCUCUGCUAUGGCACUUUAAGAGGAUAAAGCCAAAAACUUUUUUUUAAAUGAAAGUAUUCCAAAAAAUGAAUCUUAUUAUGAAACUUCAUAGAAGUUUCAGAACAGUGGUAAUUCUCUUAACCACCUUCUGUUUAGUAAGCAUAGUCAUUUCCGCCUAUUACUUAUAUACAGGCUACAAGCAGGAGAUGACCCUAACUGAAACCACUGGAGAAGCAGAAUGUGAGGGCCUUAAACUUUUACCAUACAGGUCCAUGGAGCUGAAGACUGCUAAGCCGAUGGAUCCAUCUAAUACUGAUCCUAUUGUCUUGCUAUUUGUGGACAGCCAGUACUCCCAGCUUGGACAAGAUAUCAUAGCCAUCCUUGAGUCUAGUCGAUUCCAGUACCAUAUGGUGAUUGCACCUGGAAAAGGUGACAUUCCUCCUCUUACAGAUAGCGGCAAAGGGAAAUAUAUGCUUGUUAUAUACGAGAAUAUUUUGAAGUAUGUGUCCAUGGACUCAUGGAAUAUAGAGCUUCUGGAAAAAUAUUGUGUGGAAUACAGUGUUAGCAUAAUUGGUUUUCAUAAAGCCAAUGAGAACAGCUCACCAAGUAUUAAAUUAAAAGGAUUUCCACUAGACCUUUACAAUAAUGUUGCCCUCAAAGAUUGCUUUGUAAACUCUCAAUCUCCUCUACUGCACAUUACCAAAGCACCAAGGGUUGAGAAAGGCCCACUACCUGGGGAAGACUGGACGGUUUUCUUAUUUAAUCACUCCACCUACCAACCUGUGCUUUUAACUGAAUUACAGACUUCCAGAUCCUUCCCAACAUCAUUGCCUAAGGCUCCACUGUAUGCUACAGUGAUCCAGGACUUGGGGCUUCAUGAUGGGAUUCAGAGAGUCCUUUUUGGAAACAACUUGACCUUUUGGCUACACAAGUUGAUCUUUAUAGAUGCCAUCUCUUUCUUGACGGGGAAGAAGCUCGCAUUGUCCUUGGAUAGGUACAUUCUUGUCGAUAUAGAUGACAUCUUUGUUGGAAAGGAGGGAACAAGAAUGAACAUCCAGGAUGUGAAGGUAAGCCAAGAACUGGGGAUGGCGUCUCAAAUAAAUGACUCAAAUCACAAAUAUAUCUGGAGAGAGAUAGAGAAAGACCAAAGGAGGCCUGGAAGGACUCAGUCUCAUAGUAAUGCAACCAAGUUACAAAUAAAUUCAACAGGGUUUGAAAGCACAAUCAGAAUUUUGUUACAUUUUGUAUUGUUGGAACUGGUUGAAAGUGGCUGUCCCCCACUCACCUGCACAGCUAUGCAUGCUCAAAUAUACUCUCACGCAUAA